CGAUGGCCGGAGGUGGAGGAGACGAUGUGAAGCUGCUGAGCUUUUGGGCGAGCCCGCCGGCCCUGCGAGUGCGCCUGGCGCUCAGCAUCAAGGGCGUGAACCACGAGUACGUGGAGGAGGACCUCCGGAACAAGAGCGAGCUGCUCCUCCAGUCCAACCCCGUCCACAAGAAGGUCCCGGUGCUGAUCCACGGCGGCAAGCCCGUCUGCGAGUCGCUGGUCAUCGUCCAGUACAUCGACGAGGCUUUCAGCGGCCCUGAUCUCCUCCCGGCCGACCCCUACGAGCGCUCCGUGGCUCGGUUCUGGGCCGCCUUCGUCGACGACAAGUUCGCGAAGGCGAUGUACCAGGCGUCAUGGGGCAAGAUGGACGAGGAGAAGGUGGAGGGGAAGAAGCAGGUGUUGGAGGCGGUGGAGACCCUGGAGGGAGCCCUGAGGGAGUGCUCCAAGGGGAAGAGCUUCUUCGGCGGCGACAGCCCCGGGUACGUGGACGUGGUGCUCGGCGGCAUGCUCGCGUGGGUGC